GAGUUCGCCCGGGGCGUGGUCCUUUGUGACCCUUACUCCCAAACCUUUUCGGCAGCUCGCAUGACACCCGAUGAGCGGCUGUCAGCUCUGAUGCCCUACCGCAGCUUCGAUGCCUCUCGCCUGAAACUGUCGGGGUCCGCAAACUGGGACCUAGAGGAUGCUCUGUACCUUGCUUUUCGGGAGCCCGAGUCUCUUGAGACCUUUGAUGUUCUCGACCCCGGUCCUCAAGAUGCUCCUUUAUCGGCCGCAGAGCGCCCAGCCGAGCUCCUCAAGGUCGCGCGCUUGUGGGACGCCAGGUCAUUGCUGCGGCUGUCUUCGGUCGGCCCUCGCCGGCCCUACAAGGGCGUUCGCCUGUUCAAUGCGCCGAAAAACAGCAGCACUGACCGACAGAUCGCCGACCGGCGAGGAAGGAAUUGGGUGGAAGGUAAGAUUCGGGGCUCUAGUGACUCUAGUAGGUUCCUUCCUACUGGCCCAUCACUUACUAACCUUUUCCUCAACCCUGCCAGCCACCGCUUUUCGAUAAAUGUGAUGGAUCGCAACGAUUUUUAUCAUCAGAUCUCCGCGUCACCACAGAGAUCCCUGAAGAAUCUUCUUAUGCCUCCGCUACCGGUUGAUUGGCUCUGUGGUACCCAAGCCCUUCGAGAGUUCCAGGCUGCUCGCAAGGGAGGCAGCUGCGAGGCUACCGAGCUUUACCUCUACUUCGGAGCCUUUAUUCAAGGCGAUGCUUUGGGCGUUGAAUUCGCUACCAGUGCCCACUCCGCCUGUGCGAAGGAAGGCGGUCUCCUCGAGGGGCUGAGCUGGGCUCCUCCGCCCGCUGGUCGGGCCACCGGUUUCGAAAAGGUUAGCCCCUCAGAGUCCGUCAUGUACCAUCUUCCCCGCGCUGUUGCCCAUGAGCUUGUCGUCCUCUCCGCCCUUUGCCACGUUGUAACCUGCGACGUUGCCGCUCCCCUUCGCUUUCAUUUCUUGCAGAUCGGGGCAAAACAGAGCAAGCUCGUGACCUUGUUGCGGGCGUGUGGCUGGACAGUCGGCCCUCUUCUUGACCCUUCCGAAUCUCCUGAAUAUGACUGGGGUCUGCCUAGGCUUGUUGAGUGGGUUUUCUAUCUUGUCGAAGUCGAUGCUAUCCUUGUUGGGCCUCCCAGCGACGCGUUCUCGCCGCAGUCGCUCCCAGCCGUGGGGAGCCCCGCCGAGGGGGCCCAGGUUCUCGCCGAGGACCGUCGCAACGGCUGGUGCAUACUCUCACACGCCCUCGCCCUUGGUGCGCUCGGAGACUGGAAUCUCGGUGUCGUUGAAGAAGGUCCUUAUGGCCGCCUUUUGCAUCCGGCCCUUGAUGCCCAACUCUGCGCUUCUUUCGACUGUGCAAUCCGAGCGCGCCUGCAGCUAGCCUCUGCCUGCGACCUUCGCACCGAGGGGCUCGAGUCCGCGCUCGUCAAUGAGCUAGCUAUUGGGCUUCCCUGGAAAACUCGCCGUGCCUGGAAGUGGCCUAGGCGCAUCGCGGCAGUCCAGGUGGCCUAUGGCCUCUACACUCACCUACCGUGUUGCCCUACUCGUUUGAUGCCAGCCGAGCAUCCCAGCCGCGAUGCCGAGAUCCCUGACAUAGACACUGUAAACGCGGUUCUUGCCCGCUACGGCCAGGCCUCCUACUCAGCGGGGCGCCCGUACGCCCACUUCUCCGAGACCAUUAACAGCUUCAGCGCCGGGGUCCCCAAGGCCGGACGACAACUGCAGCCAGCCUGGGAUGUAGCUUUGGCUUGGAGGAAGGUUGAGCCGACCGAGCAUCGUACCGCUAUGCCUUGGCAGGUGCUGAUCGCUUUGGUAGCUCUUAGCCUCUCAUGGGGCUGGCCCCUUGUAGCAGGAACUCUGGCCUUGGCUUUCGGCGGCAUGCUCCGGAUUGGCGAGGUCCUUGGAGCCUGCCGCAAAAGCCUGGUCCUGCCAAGAGACGUUGGAGGCACUGUUGACUUCGCCCUCUUCUCUAUCGAAGAACCGAAGACAAGGUUCCGAUCGGCCCGCCACCAAUCGGUAAAGAUCGACCAACCCGACCUCCUCAAGGUCAUCGAGCUGAGUUUCGGCGAGCUGUGUUCCACCAGCAGGCUUUGGCCGUACUCUGGGCAGUCGCUUCGGACUAGGUUUAGGCAGCUUUGCCGGGCCUUCGACAUACAAGCCGCCCCUGGAAACAACAGGCCUUUCCUGGAACUCGUUUUUUCAGGGCUGGCGGAGCAACCUGGUUCAUGCUCAUCUCCGAGGAUGCCGAGAUUCUGCGUCGUCGGGGCAGGUGGCUCUCAUCCAGAAUCAUGGAGAUUUACGUGCAGGAGAUUACCUCUUUACGGUUUUUACCAGCUCAGUCUGAACGAACCAAGCUCUGCAUAUACACGGCUAUGCAAUGCUUUCAUGACAUCCUCAAUGAGGCUACCUUCCUGA